CCUGUUUGAAAAAAAAAAGAACAGGUAACUUAUUUACAUUUCCCUACUAGUCAGAAACACAAGAUAUCUGACACCACAUCUCUCUGGUGCUCCACUUUCUCUCCUCCUCCACCCGGGGGAAGUUUAAAAGGCCACGCGACACCUGAGACACCUCACUGUGGUCUGACAUCUUACACUCACCUGGUCACCUCUUUUUGCAUUCGCCCAGUCCUUCUCUGCUCAGCUUGUUCCCUGCAAGUCUUGUCUCCUCUUUUAAACCUGCAUUUCAUUUUUCUCUUCCCAGUCACUUUUUCUUUUACCUGUCUGUUUUCAUUUCACCUGUCUCAUCUGCUUCCUUUGAACCCAAAUAUUCAUUCCUCUCUCCGUUUUUUGUCUCACCACUGCUCUCAUCCCACCACCUUUGUCUCCACCAUGAGUCUGAGUCGCACCAAGAGAAUCAGCUCCAGUAACUCCGUCCGGACCAGCAGCGGGUCCAGGAGGCUGAGCGGUUUCGGUCCAGUUCAGGGAGGUUUCAGUGGCAUCUCCCUGAGCAGCAGCUCUCUCUACACCAGCACCAACGGGCACCACCACGGCCUCGGGGCCCCGCUGGCCUCCCUGUCGGUCAACAAGAGCCUGCUGGCCCCCCUCAACCUGGAGAUCGACCCCAACCUGUCCAUGUGCCGAGCCCACGAGAAGGAGCAGAUCAAGAGCCUCAACAACCGCUUUGCAACCUUCAUCGAUAAGGUUCGUUACCUGGAGCAGCACAACAAGAUGCUGGUGACCAAACUGGACGUGAUGCAGGGCCAGGUGGUGUGCCGGUCCAACGUGGAGCCCCUGUUCGAGGCCUACAUGGCGGGUCUGAGGCGCCAGAUGGACCUGGUCAAUAAUGACAAGACCAAACUGGACGGGGAGCUGAGGAACAUGCAGAGCCUGGUGGAGGACUACAAACACAAAUACGAGGAAGAGAUUAACAAGAGAAACAACCUGGAGAACGACUUUGUCAUCCUGAAAAAGGAUGUAGACUCAGCCUAUCUCGUGAAGGCCGACCUGGAGGAUAAAGUGGGAUCUCUGACUGAUGAAAUCAACUUCCUGCGCAACGUCUAUGAGGAGGAGCUGCGUGAGCUGCAGGCCAGCAUCAAAGACACCUCGGUGGUGGUGCAGAUGGACAACAGUCGCAGCCUGAACAUGGAGCAGAUCAUAGCCGAGGUGAAAGCUCAGUACGAGGAGAUCGCAGCCCGCAGCCGAGAGGAGGCCGAGGCCUGGUACAGGAGCAAAUGCGACCAAAUGUCGUGUCAGGCGAGUCAGUAUGGAGACGAGCUCCGCAUCGUGAAGGGGGAGGUGGCUGAGGUCAACCGACUCAUCAGCCGGCUACAGAGCGAGAUCGAGGCUGUCAAAGCUCAGCGUGGCAGCCUGGAGAACCAGCUGGCUGAGGCAGAGGAGCGUGGAGAGCUGGCUGUGAAAGAGGCCAAAGCCCGGACCAGAGACCUGGAGGACGCCCUGCAGAGGGCCAAACAAGACAUGGCCAGACAGCUCCGAGAGUACCAGGACCUAAUGAACCUGAAACUGGCUCUGGACAUUGAGAUUGCCACCUACAGGAAGCUGCUGGAGGGAGAGGAGGACAGACUUGGUCAGGAAUCCAUCCUCAACAUCCAGGCCGUCUCCAGCUACAGUACCAAAAGUACUAAUGGGUACCACAGUAACAGCAGCUCUCCUGCUCCAAAACUGCUGAUAAAGACAACUGAGACCAGAGACAGCAGCAGAUACAGUACUCACUGAGAGGAC